UUACAAUUACCAGAUGGCGUUUGCGCAUGUCAACACGUGAAGAAGCGGACGAUCGGAUGUGGUAGAAAUAAAAAGGCAAAUUGGGAAAUUAAAAAAUGUCUAAUUUACUAAAUCAAUUCAAAUUUGCCCGUAAUUUAUUAUUAAAACUUCAGCCUGUAUAUAUACAGCCUAAUCGUGAACUUAGAGGAAAAGCGCCAGACGUUGCUCGAACACUGAAGCAGCGAUUAGAAGAAAUUGCUUUUGCGGAAAAGGAUCCCAGUCUUCAUUUCAAGGUUAAUAUAGGCUUACCUCACCUCAAGGCUUCGAGAGCAGAAGAAAAUGGUCCAAGACUCGAGAUGCAACGAUCAAUGAAAAAAUCUGCAGAAGCAUCAUCAAUUGAAGAAAUAUCAUUAAAAGAGAUCAGAAAAGAAUGGCUUAAAACAGCUGCUCCCUUCCAAAUCAAAGCUAUAGCUGAGCAUUAUAAUAUUUUUAAAGAUCUUUUUGGAGAAGCUUUCUUCGUGCCAAGAAUUCCACUUUCAAUUGGAUAUCAACAAACUGAUGGUUCUACCAUGCCAGUUUAUUUUGGAAAUCAGAUAAAGCCUUAUGAGGCUGCAUUGCCCCCUAUUGUGUCAUAUGAAGCUGAUCCAUCUUCGCUGUGGACUUUGGUUUUGACAAAUCCAGAUGGCCAUUUGAGUGAAAAAGAUGCUGAAUAUGUGCAUUGGUUCAUUGGGAAUAUUCCUGGCAAUAACAUUGAUAAAGGAGAGGAAGUUGUUAGUUAUUUGCAACCUUUUCCACCACGAGGAACUGGAAGUCAAAGACUUGUAUUUGUUCUGUACAAGCAAGAGAAAAAAAUUAAUUUUAGCUCUUAUCAAAGGACUGCUCCAUGCUUAGAGCUUACCAACAGGACAUUUCAUAUGAAGAGAUUCUAUAAAGAAUUCCAAGAUUAUAUCACACCUGCAGGAUUAUCAUUUUUUCAGAGUGACUGGGAUAUUUCAUUAACGGAUUUUUUCCAUAAAACUUUAAAUAUGAAAGAACCGAUCUAUGAAUUUGAUUUUCCCGAACCUUAUAAGAAGCCCCCAAUUUGGUUUCCCAAGAAACAACCUUUCAACUUAUACAUGGACAAACAUCGCGACCAAAAACAAAUAUCAAAAGAAUUACUUCUUAAGCGCCUAAAGACGGUUGAUCCAUUCAAACCUAAAGAACCCGAGUACAAAUAUCCUAAUGCUCUACCCGAGAACAACAACUUACCUUCUUGGCUUCGGGUGGAAAUUAGGAAGCAACGAUUGAAAUGGGGUCGUUACAGCGACAUGUAAUGAUUUUGAUCAUGUUAGAAAACAAUAAACUGUCAUUUUUCAUUCGA